AUCAAGUGAUGUGACAAACAUGCGCAUGCCCACUUAUGUUAGUUCAUCGAACUAAAUUAUUGGAGAUUAUGUUUUUGUUUACAACCGCUUCGAAUAGUUAAAAACUAUUUCACCAUGACUCUGUUUAUGUAUAAGUGUUAUAACAUAUUACUAUUAUGUUUUAUUUCUGUGAAUUUUAACAAUAUUGUUUGCUUCUCAAGGUUCAGUUUAGAUUCGUCGAAUGGAAAGGUUAUUUGGACCCUGGAAAACAAAAAUAAAUCAAUCUCAGUAACGGGUUCAGUGCCAGGUGGGGUUUACUCGGAUCUUCAGAAGUCUGGUAUCAUCGGGGACAUCUUGCAGGGCUUCAACGAUGUCCUCACACGCUGGGUCGCAUAUGACACUUGGACGUACACUGGGAAACUUAAUGUCAGUGCCGAAAGCCUCGAAUAUUCAGUUGCACAGUUGGUUUUGGAAGGCGUGGAUACUGUUGCUUACAUCGAGCUAAACGGUAGACCCAUUGGCUUAACAGAUAACAUGUUUGUUAGAUACGUUGUCAAUGUAAAGGAAUACCUUAAGAUAGGAGAAAACGAAUUGAAGUUUACGUUCGAUUCACCUGUAAACUUCGCCAAAGCUCGUUCCGAAAAGUACUUCACGGUGCCAGAAUGUGUGCCUGAUAUUUAUAACGGCGAGUGCCACGCGAACCAAAUAAGGAAAAUGCAGGCUUCCUUUAGUUGGGACUGGGGUCCAGCAUUUCCGUCUGUUGGAAUCUGGAAACCAGCUAGAAUAGAGUUUUUCAACGGCGCUGUCAUAAGAUCUCUAACGACACAAACAGAGAAAAACGACACAUCCUGGUUGUUGAAAACCAAAGUUUAUUUGCAAACGGGUGAAACCCUUAAAAGUAUUAAGGGCAACCUGAGUGUGUACUUAAGUGUGGAAGGACACCAAACAUUAAAAGUCGGAAAAUAUCUGGACAUAUCAACGAGAGACGAUGGAACAGUAGAAGCUGAAAUAGACAUGAAUAUUAGUGCAAAUGUAAUUACCGAAUGGUGGCCCAAUGGAUAUGGUGAUCAGCGACUGUAUAAUUUAUUAGUUUUCCUUAGAACGAAUGAAAAGAAUAAAGAGAUAUCUUAUAAACACGCGAAAAUAGGAUUUCGCACUAUAGAAUUAGUGGAAGAAGACGCUGCCUUGAUAUUGGGCAAUGAAACUAGUGGAGGCAACGGUUUGACAUUUUAUUUUAAAAUCAACGGCUAUCCAAUUUUCAUGAAGGGGUCAAAUUGGAUACCUUCAAAUAUCCUGCCUGAGCUUGGUGACAAUAGAAAUACAAUUGAUGACCUACUAACUGCUGCUCGUGACACGCACAUGGCAAUGCUUCGGGUAUGGGGAGGGGGAAUAUAUGAAUCAGACUACUUCUACAGGCGCUGCGACGAACUCGGCAUAUUGAUAUGGCAAGACUUUCUCUUCGCAUGCUCAAUGUAUCCCGUGGAUUCUGAUUUUUUAACAACCAUUGCUACUGAAAUAGAACAAAACGUAAUCCGUCUUCAACACCACCCUUCCAUAGCUAUCUGGGCGGGUAACAACGAAAACGAAGUCGCAUUACGUGGCAACUGGUACGGGACGAAAUCAAAAUUUGAAAAAUAUAAGAGCGAUUAUAUCAAACUAUACGUGGAUACAAUAAAACCUAUAGUAGAAGGCAUUGACCCUGGAAGGCGUUACGUGAUUUCGAGUCCCUCAAAUGGACGAAAGAGCGAAGAAGAUGGAUAUAUAGCUCAAAAUCCUUACGAUCCAAAUUACGGAGAUACACACUACUACAAUUAUCUAGCAGAUAGUUGGGACAGCAAUAUUUACCCUCAAACGAGAUUCGCAUCAGAAUAUGGCUUCCAAUCAUUACCAUCUCUCGACACUAUGAGAACGGCAUCAAAUAGUACUGAAGAUUACCACGUUGAUAGCAAUUAUUCUAAACACAGACAGCACAGCCCUGCUGGAUAUAGUUUUAUCGAGGCCCAAAUUGAUCGACGACUGAAUCUUGAUAAAAAUGAUACUCAGUAUUUUGAGAAAUUCGUAUUUUAUAGCCAGAUAUCACAAGCCAUGUCAAUAAAGGCGGAGACAGAAUUUUAUAGACAAAGCCAGUCGAACUGGUAUACGAUGGGGGCGCUUUAUUGGCAGUUGAAUGACGUGUGGCAGGCGCCAUCUUGGUCCGGCAUUGAGUUUGGCGGAAAAUGGAAAAUGCUGCAUUACUUUGCCAAGUCCUUCUUUGCCCCAGUUUUGGUAUCACCACGGUUGACUAACACAGGUGAUGUGGAUAUAUACCUAACAAACGAUAGAUUCGUAUCAAUUAUCGGGGCCAAAAUAACAGUGGAUACCUUUAACUGGAGUAGUUUAGCGCCUAUCCAGUCCAUUUCUUAUCCUGCUGAUGUAGAACCUCUGAAUACAAAGAAACAAGCGUCAAUACCUCUAUGGAAUGCUGACAAUAAAAAUGAAAUCUUUCUCAGGUUUUCAUUGAAAGCCGAAGGUGUUUCUUCGUCCCCUUACAAUUAUCUAUUCCCCGUUCCAUUAAAGAGUGCUAAAGGAUUAAAGGAACCGAACAUAAGCAUAACAGUGCAGAAGAAAGAAGAAUAUAAAUUCCUAAUAAGCAUAAACGUAAAUACUGUUAUACUAUUCCUUUGGCUAGAAGCGGAAUCGGUGGAUGGAACGUUCGAGAAUAAUGGUUUUAUUGUAACGAAACCAAAUUUCAAUGUUGACUUUAUAACCCGCGAUGUGAUAAGCGCUAAGGAACUAGAGAAAUCAAUAUCCUAUAAAUAUUAUAUGCAUUAAUUAAAACCACUUUGUGGUUGUUACAUGACCAGUUAAAAUAAGAUGUGUAUUACAAAAUAAAUGUGUUUUUUAUUCCAAUACAAGUUUAUAAAAUGUACAUUUUUCUACCUAGGGAAAGGAUAAAAUCGUAUCUUCCCCUAGUUUUAUCAACUCUCCGAACAUUGACGCACGUUUGAAAAUAAUAUUCAAAAAAUUAUACGUGUAAUAAACGGGGACAAACUUCUCCUAUACCCUUUUACUGUGCUUUGGCAGGUGGAUACGUUAGUUUUAUCCCUUGUCAAAGAAGCACCUACGUCACGUUUCUUUUUCGAACAUAUUCUACGGCGCUUAAUGAUCCAUAUCUUUGUAAUGAAACGUAUUUUUUUAGAUCCGGCGUAGAUUGCUCAAGAAAUCAUCCGGUAUCGUGGAGCCGAUAGUAGCCUUAGGUACUCUGCAAGUAUCAAUUUUUAGUUUUAAGACAUUACACGUUUGGUUUAACUGUUUGC